AUGCUUGCAGGUGAGUUGGAGUACCGCAAAGGCAACUUUGAAGAGUCAUUCUCGCUUCUUCGGGAAGCCAUCGCCCGCGAGGAUGGACUUCAAUACUCCGACCCACCUCCCUGGAUGCAGCCCGUUCGUCACGCCCUCGGCGGCCUGCUCCUUGAACAGGGGCGCGUCGAAGAGGCAGAGUCAUUAUUCAAGGAAGAUUUAGGAUUUGCUUUGGAUUACCCGCGCCGAAGGGCAAAGCUCAACAAUGUUUGGGGGCUGCAUGGCUUGCAUGAGUGCUUUAAACGUCUUGGAAAGACUGUCGAAGCGGCUUUCAUUCAACCUGCCUACGACAUCGCCCUGGCUUCUGCUGAUGUCCCCGUGAAGGCAUCUUGCUUCUGUAGAGUGUCGGCUGUGAGAGGGGAUACUUGCUGUUCAAAGGUUCAAGAAUAG